UUAACACAUUCCCACCUACUAAUCCUAGAAUUAGCCACUAGAAUCCGUCCCACCUGCGAACUAGCAAGCACCUCUUGUCUGAAAUCUUCGCUUUUUCCAAACAAGUGACGUCACAAGCAAGUGUCAGCAGGGUGACGUACGUCAGAGUGGUCCUGAUUCAAGAAUCCCUAUGCUGGUUUUAUUUUAAUGAUCAGUGCUUGGAAACAGUAAUCAUCUGAAACCCUCAACAUUCUUAAACUUUCCCAUUCGAGGGUCCCUUUCUGCUGAAUUCAAGAACCAAAUCCCACGCUUUAAAUCACCUCAUACUGAACUCCUCUCCUCACUGAAAUUCCCUACUUUAUUCAAAUACCACUACCAAUUAUUACAAUAUAAUUUAUGUAUACACACACACUAUAUAUAUACAUAUAUAGUGAGGUAUGUACAUUACAUUUGGUUGUGACUGAGUGGAGAUCAAGAUGGAUGAGAAUCCAAAGGAUCACAGAGCCAAAGAAGAGAAAGAGGGUGGCGGGGAGGUGAGAUUCCGGGGGGUGAGGCGGCGGCCGUGGGGGAAGUUCGCGGCUGAGAUAAGGGAUUCUAAUAACCACGGCGCCCGAGUGUGGCUGGGGACCUUCGCCACGGCGGAGGAGGCGGCGAGAGCUUAUGACAGGGCGGCGUACACUAUGCGGGGUUGUUUUGCUGUUCUUAAUUUCCCUGAGGAGUAUCCCUCAUUUGCUUCUCAUUCGUCGUCGACAUCGUGGUCGUCGCUAUCAUGUUCAUCAUCAUCGACGUCGUCGACUAUGGUGGCGUCGUCGUCGUCGACUAUGGUGGCGUCGUCGACUAUGGUGGCGUCGUCGUCGUCGUCGUCGAGAUCGAAAGCAGAGGUGGGAAAGGAAGUGUUCGAGUUCGAGUACUUGGACAAUAAGUUGCUGGAGGACCUUCUUGAAUUCGGAGAGAAGAAACCCGACUAAUUGUAAUAAUGAAUAGUUUUUGUUUUUGGAUUUUUCUUGUUUUGAUUCAGUAGUCGCAUUAAUUAGUUAGUGGACAAAUGAACACCUUUUUAGUUGACUUGUUUUGGACAAAUAAAAAACAUAUGUAAUAAGGGGAUGAUGAUGAUGAGGCUUUUUUCUAUGUAAAGCUGUCAAAUUUAUUUCUUUUCAAGAACUCCCCUGUUUUCUCA